AUGACAGUUUCCUACACUCUGGAGGUGGCCAACGUGAGGUUUGGCGGCUUCACCAAGCUCCUGUUUAGGUGGAAGGGCAGCAUCUACAAGCUGCUCUACAAGGAGUUGCUACUCUUCUGUGGCGUCUAUGUCUUUUUCAGCGUGCUUUACAGGUUGAUGCUCACGCCCAGGCAGCAGGAACUGUUUGAGCGCAUCGCCCUUUACUGCGACCAAUUUACCAACACCAGCUUCAUCCCUGUUCUCUUUGUGCUCGGCUUUUACGUGACGUUGGCCUUCAACCGUUGGUGGGGUCAAUACACCAGCUUCCCGCUGCCCGACAACCUGAUGAUGGUGGUUUCCGGCAACGUCCACGGCACCGACGAAAGGGGCCGCCUGCUUCGCCGCACACUGAUGAGAUACGCCAACCUGUCGUCGGUUCUCAUCCUGCGCUCCAUCAGCACCAGGGUUCACAAGCGCUUCCCUACGCUGGAGCACGUGGUGGAGGCCGGCUUCAUGACUUCGCACGAGCUAAAAAAGUUGCAGUCGCUGCACUCAGACUUCAACAAGUACUGGAUGCCUUUGACCUGGUUUGCUAACCUGGCCUCCAGAGCGAGGGAAGAGGGUCGCGUGAGGGACGACAUCGCUUUGAGACUCCUCACCGACGAGCUUAACAACUACAGGGCCAAAUGCAGCCUCCUGUUCCACUACGACUGGAUCAGCAUCCCUCUGGUCUACACCCAGGUGGUUACUUUGGCCGUCUACUCCUUCUUCGCCUUCUCUGUCAUCGGCCGCCAGUUCCUUAACCCGGAUAAAGGUUACAAGGACCACAAAAUAGAUCUGUACGUACCUGUCUUCACGCUGCUGCAGUUCUUCUUCUAUGCCGGAUGGCUCAAGGUGGGAGAGCUGAUCAUCAACCCAUUUGGAGAGGAUGAUGACGACUUUGAAACCAACCAGCUGAUUGACAGGAACAUCCAGGUGUCCAUGCUGGCGGUGGACGACAUGUACCAGAACCUGGCUCCCCCGGAGAAGGACAAGCACUGGGCCCAGAGACAUUUCUCUGUCCCUUACACAUUGUCCACUGCAGCAGAUAGUCAGACACCAGCAUUUAAAGGCUCCACCUUCGACAUGAGGAUGAGCUUGGAGGACCUAGAGCUCCACAAGCAGAAAGACAGUGUGGGUCUGCUGCAGGGUUGCAGCCUCCCAUCACUAAUUGACUCAUCGUUACACCACUUUACAGAGAACAUGGAUGAUGAGCACCACCACAAACAAGUGAAGAUAAGGAUCAAAGUGGAUGCAAACGAGGAAUAAAUAUUGCUUGUGGUAA